UUAUCUAUGGCGACGACACUCCGCGAAGGUGAUAACGCGAGAGACUGAUAACGCACGCGCGCCCCCCAAGAUAAUACCUAUAGUAAAGUUAGUAGUUGGCUGGUUGGAACUGCACACUACACAGCGACUAGACCAGCGGCCGUCCGAACGUCGCCCGCUGGCGAAGAACGAUUUCUAAUUCUUAAACUCGUGAGGGUCCGGUCCGGACCCAGUCUCUGACCCUCGAAUUCUUUACUCGAAUCUCCCGAUGACGACGUGUCGACAGCUCCGUGGACGACAGUCGCAAGACAUCUCCCGUUCGCCGACAUGGUGAUGACCAUCGAGGUAAGACGAACGGAUAUCUCUAUUCACUCGUCCGUCGUUGACAACGGGUGGACCUACGGUGGUGGUCUGCCCGCUACUCAUCCUACAUGGUCAUCGCCCUGUCAUCGGCACAUGGGAACGACAGCUGCGUUCUGCACGAUUGAGCGAACGCUUGGCGGCAGUAGAAUCAGUAAUCAUUAAAACAUGAGACAACAGGGAUGGCUGCGCAUUUUGGCGUUUUUAGCGUUUUCAUGGGUAGCGUUCCUUUUGGUGACUGUUAAGCUUGUUAGGCAACAAGAUACCAACGAUGGGGAUUCAUCUCAAAGACUGGCCAGGGCUCUUCGAGAACUUGAUAAAUUACAUAAAAGCAAUGCUGAGCUUAAUGCUUUAGUGUUGGAUUUGAAUUACAAUCCAAGAAUAGACAAUAAGAAAAUUCUUUUGUCAUAUUUCCAAAAUUCUAAACAGAGUGGACUAAAUGGUCCAUCUGAAGAAUAUGAACUUUCACGUCGUCGUAUAUUUUCGAACACUAAAGAACUUUGGUAUUAUGUCAACUCUGAAUUACAAUCUUUAGUCAAAGAAGAUGAUAGUGUCAGAGUGGAACACAUUUCAAAAAUUAAAAACAUUAUUGGUGAACACUAUAGAUCUUUAUUAAAAGAUGUAUCGAGUUUAGCUGAUGUUGAUGGUCAUGCAGCAUGGAGACAACAGGAAUCUGAAAAUUUAAGUAAUUUAGUUCAAAAAAGAUUGAAACAUUUACAAAAUCCAUCAGAUUGUGCCAAAGCAAGAAAACUAGUUUGUGACUUAAAUAAGGGUUGUGGAUAUGGUUGUCAACUGCAUCAUGUUGUUUAUUGUUUUAUUGUUGCAUAUGCAACAGAAAGAACAUUAAUUUUGAGGUCUAAAGGUUGGAGGUAUUCCAAAGGAGGAUGGCAAGAUGUAUUCUUACCAUUGAGUGAUACAUGUCUUUUACCAAAUGGAGAAACAACCAAUCGGUGGCCAGGUCAUCGAAAUACUCAAGUUAUUACUCUACCUAUAAUUGACUCAAUCAACCCAAGACCUCCUUUCCUUCCUCUUGCAUUACCUGAAGACUUAGCUCCACGAUUAAAUGUAUUACAUGGAGAUCCUGUGGUUUGGUGGAUAGGCCAAUUUCUCAAGUAUAUGCUCCGACCGCAACCAGCUACUAGUAAUAAACUAGAUGAAUACGGCAAAAAAGUUAAAUUCCAAAAACCAAUUGUUGGAGUACACAUUAGAAGAACUGACAAAGUUGGUACUGAAGCUGCAUUCCAUAAACUAGAUGAAUAUAUGGUACACGUUGAACAGUAUUACAAAUAUAAAGAACUAACUGAUAAAGUAGAUAAAAAACGUGUUUAUUUAGCUACGGAUGAACCAAAAUUAUUUUCUGAAGCUAAACGCAAGUAUCCUGAGUAUGAAAUAGUUGGUGAUGAAGACAUUUCUAAAACUGCAUCAAUCAGUAAACGUUAUUCUGAUCAAUCUCUAAGUGGUAUCAUAACUGACAUACAUUUUUUGUCUCUCAGUGACUACUUAGUAUGUACUUUUUCAUCACAGGUAUGUCGAGUAGCCUAUGAGAUAAUGAACAGUCUCCAUCCUGAUGCGUCAACUUUAUAUACAUCUUUAGACGAUAUUUAUUAUUACGGUGGUCAAAAACGCAGACUUCAUGUAGCCGUAUUACCUCAUAAGGCAAAUGGACCGCAUGAAAUGAAUUUGAUGGUUGGUGAUGAGAUUGCUGUUGCCGGUAACCAUUGGGAUGGUUAUUCAAAAGGAACAAAUUUAAGAACAAAAGAAAGUGGCUUAUAUCCUACAUUUAAGGUGUCCCCCAAAAUUGAAACUGCGCCUUUUGCCAGUUAUCCAGAUGUAACAUUAAGUACUAAUGAAUUACAAGAACAAAAAAGGUAACUACAAUACUGACAAUAUUAUAUAGACUUAUACAAACAGGAAAUAGUUUUGUGCUCGUUUUAGCCCAAAGCUUGGACAAUUAUAUUUUACUUUAUAAAUACCAUAUACAUAUUAUAAUUUUAAAGUGUCAAAACAUUUUUAAUUGUUAAAUUAGGUACAAAUAAUUUUAGUUCAAUUAAGUUAAACUAAUUUCAAUUUUACUGUGAUCGCGUCUUCUAGGUUUAAUAUUAAAUAUUAAUUAUUCUUUGCUCUCUACUGUAUCGACUAGUCCUUAUAUGCUACUUAAAAUACCACUUGUAUUGUUAUGCUAUCUACCAACAAAUUAUUAUUGUUAUAUUAUGCUAUUUAAUCCCUUACAAAUUGUUAUAAAAAAUAGUACAUCACAUACUUUAUGUUUGUUUCUUAAAUAGUUCCAUAUUUUUGGAAUUUAUAUAAUAUAAAUAUAGAUUUAUUUACUUAUUUAUUUAUUUCAGUAGUCUGUAUCUAAAGUAAGUAACCCUCCACAAGAAACUAUUGAACUCCUUUUUUUGUUUUCACUGUUUAUUUUAUAUCAAUUUAGAAGAUCAACAUUGUUUGAUGUAAUCCAUUAAUUAACUACUCUGUUUUUCUAUGGACUGUUCAUAUUUGAGUUCUAAUUUCUAUUAUUAUUAAAAAAAUUCUGGAGUAAACAAUGUUUAGAAGCUUAUUAGAAAUCUAUGAGUAAAAUGGAUAUCUUAAUAGACGAAGCUACCGGUCUCAAUAAUAGAAUUGUAUCAAAGGACAGGACUGUUUAAUAUUUUACUAUAAUAUCUAACAGACCAACAGACGCGUAUAGCCAGAAUUUUUUUAGUGGGUCUUUUAGUUUUAUAUUUAAAUAUAACUUGUGGGGGCUUUACACACUAUUGUAGUCAUCAAUCUUCAUAUUAAUAUAAUAUCAAAUAUGAAAUAGAACCAUAUGACAACAUAUUUUGUAGAAAUCUGAGGCGUAUAACAAAUGUUUGCAUAA